CUUUUCUGCUUUUCUACCCCCGAAAAAGCAAAGCACAGCAUAAAACUGUGCGCUCGUACGCGCGUUACUGUGUGUGUGUGUGUGAGUGUUAGUGUGGGAAGGCCAGGGGAGAAGGAAAGGGAAGAGGAGGCGAAGAAAAGAAAACCAACCCCAACCAGCGGCGGCGGAGAACAGGAAAACAACAACAGAAAGCACACACCACCAACCGUCACCACCCACUACUCUUCGUCAUCGCUUUUCGCAUUGUGCAGAAAAUAAUUACAAAAAAUUAAAGAAAAUAAAAUAAAAUAAAACCGAUCGAGUAAAGUGCUUUAACCGAUUCUAAGGAUUAUCUUUGUUAAACAAAAAACGGGCCCCUCGAGGCCCUAACAAAAUUCGUAUCCCCCCGCCGAUCAACCCCCCAGAUCCUGUGACAUGAUGAACUUCUCCGCGUUCGGCGGCCCCUUCUCCGGCAUCCAUCAGUUUGCCGCUAAAUUCGACGCCCAGACGCCCGGCGCCUUCGGCACGCCCCCCGCGGCCGCCGCGAAUGCAGCAGCCGCUGCGGCAGCGGCCGGCACCGAUAACCAUGUGCAGCGCUAUCAGACCAAUGGCAAUCACUUUAAUCAGAAUGUGCCCAACGUUUCGGCUGCCAACAACAUGCAAUAUGGCCAGAAUAUAUCCAUACCGUACUCACAGCCGCAGGGUGAUCUGAACUUUCUCAAUGCAGCCGCUGCGGCCGAUCAUAAGGGUAAAAUCCAUCCAAAAAUCGAACGUGACCGGGAAGAAGUCCUCAACCAGCAGAUCCUGCAGAAUGUCAACCAAUCCUGGCAAACGUUGGCCAAUACGGCCAACACGGUGGACUACUCGUCGCACCUGCUCUCCGCCACACUGCCCAUCUCCAUCCAGCACUUCCUCAAGUACUCGGAGACGAUCAAGAAGGAGUCCACCGGCGAUGUCCUGAAGAAUGGCACCAAUUUGGCCAGUCUGGCGCUGGGGGGCGUGGCCCUGACGCCCAGCAACAAUGGAGCAAACGGUGGCCAUCACAACGGACUGGUGGGCAUGGACCAUGGCGGUCACAUGACCAACAUGACGGACGCCAACGGAGCGGCGCUGACGAAUGGCGGGGCCACCAAUGGCGUCAAUGGCAAUGCCAAUGGAACGGUGACCAAUGGAGGGGCCGGCGCAGUUUCCAGCACCGGUUCCGUGGGCACCACGAACGCCAGCGGCGGCACGGGCACGGCCACCGGGAAGAAGACCAAAAAGAAGAAACCACCAAAGGAGAAGAAGCCGCGUCCCAAGCCGGGCGAGAUCCGCGAGACGAAGGCGCUGGACGGCUCGACGCUCUACUGCUGCCCGGAGUGCCAGAUGGCCUAUCCGGAUCGCAGCCUCAUCGAGCAGCAUGUCAUCUCGCACGCCGUCGAGCGGCGCUUCGUCUGCGACAUCUGCAAUGCGGCGCUGAAGCGCAAGGACCACCUGACCAGGCACAAGCUAUCCCACAUACCGGACAGGCCGCAUGUGUGCAAUAUCUGCAUGAAGUCCUUCAAGCGCAAGGAGCAGCUCACUCUGCACAUUGUCAUCCAUUCCGGCGAGAAGAAGCAUGUAUGCAUUGAGUGUGGAAAAGGUUUCUAUCGCAAGGAUCACUUGCGCAAGCACACGCGGUCGCACAUCGCCCGACGGGUCAAGUCGGAGGUGUCCGCGCAGAACGUGAACGGAUCCUCCGGCGGAGGAGGUGGUGGCGGCGGUGGAGGCGGCAACAGUGCGCAGAGCAACGCGCUGCACGGCUCCUGAGGAUCGUACAAGGACUUCUGGUAAACUCCCAGACGAAUUUCAAGCCAUAAGGGGCGGCCUGGCUGCUGGCGGCGGUUUAGUCAGUUGAUGAGAUCCAUAUACCAUAUAAGGAUCUAAUCUAACCAACUGACUGCCGUCGGGAGCAGCCGAGCUGCCUUUGAAAUUCGCUGGGGGCUUACCGGGGGUCCUGCUGAGCGUCACCCAACUCCAAUUACAAUAACCCUCAAAUAAACACAAGUUAUACUUACUGGAUGCAAGUAUUAGUACGAUUUUGUUCACGACACUUUCAGUUCUUUAGCUUUAGUUCUUUCAGUUGAGAUUUUCGCACAAAACAGAGAAAAAACAAAAACAAAACAAAACGGUCGAGCAAAGUAUAGCAAUCGAAAUGUACAAAUCAGCAGAAUGACAGAUUUAAAUUCGAGUUUAGUAUGCGCAUAUGUUAAGGGAAAGAUAACGCCGCUUCAAUUGUCGCAUUCGUUUCUUUUUGGGGAUCUGUGAUCUGUAGUCGCUGCAUAAACAAGAGAAGAAAUGAAGAAAAACUGAGACGAUGAGGCGAUCGAAAGCUGUUCUAAGAAUAAGUUAAUAUGUCUGCAACCGAUUUACUAUAUAUGUGCAAUUUAUAAUCCUUUUGAUUUGCCUUUUUGUUGCCCUCGCGGCGCUUUUGUUUGUUCACUACAUUAAAUGGUAAACGUGUGUUUCGUAGAUUCUUAUUGAAUUGUGCACAUUUUUAAGGAAGUAAGAAGGCUCUACAAGCGAAAUUUGUACUUCUAGUCUUGUAUUUUAUUUUACCGAUAGGCAUAUAGAGGGAAACCCCAAUCGAGGUCAUGUAAUCUUAAGCUUUUAAAACUUGAAUGUUCAAAGGAAAAGGAAAACCUUCGACGCAGAGUCACUCACACCAAACACUAGACAGAAAACUUGCAUCUUGGCAAAGGCCCAAAUGCCCAACUUCCAGCCAACAUCGUCAUUGCUUGCAACUGCAAUAUCCAAAACAGUACACCUAUAUCCAGCUUACCAAUCAAUACCAAUACCGAUAAAUGAUAAUUGAUAACCACAAAUAGCGUUAAGAGCCACUUAUACAGCAGCAAUAGCCAUAGGAUCGCAGAUAGCACGAAAAAAAAAGAAAAGAAUCGCUAAACAUUAACAAACAGAUGCAACAGCAACAAUAACCGGAAAGCAAACACAACUGUAUAAAAGGAUAUUUUUAUAUAUAUAAAUACAAAAGAGAGAGCAUAUGAAAACCGAAUAGGAAUAAAGGCAUAAAACAAUAAC